GUUUGCGGUACUAAUGGAUAGGCUGACAGAUGAGGUUAGACCGGAUUCCCCUUGGACCAUGAUGUUCGCAGAUGAUAUUGUGAUCUGCAGUGAAAGCAGGGAGCAGGCGGAGGAACAAUUAGAAAGAUGGAGGCAUGACUUCAAAUACUUGGGGUCACCAAUACAGAGCAAUGGAGAGUGUGGUAAGGAAGUGAAGAAACGGGUCCAAGCGGGGUGGAACAGUUGGCGGAAGGUGUCUGGUGUUUUAUGUGACAGAAGAGUCUCCUCUAGGAUGGAGGGCAAAGUCUACAAAACAGUGGUGACGCCGGCCAUGAUGUACAGAUUAGAGACAGUGACAGAGGCGAGAGAGUGAGUAUAUUGGUAGAAGGUUGCUUAGGAUGGAGUUGCCAGGCAAAAGAACGAGAGAAAGACCAGAGAAAAGGUUGAUGGAUGUGGUGAGGGAGGACAUGAGGACAGUGGGUGUUAAAGAAGAAGACGCACGAGAUAGGCUUAGAUGGAAAGAGAUGACACGCUGUGGCGACCCCUAAUCGGGACAAGCUGAAAGAAAGAAGAUGAAGAAUCCCCAAUUUUCUGGAUGUCUUCUUUACUAUUUCUCCACAUGAAUGUGUACACCCACCCCUAAUUGAAGGCUUUUUAAACACUUUAAUUCCCCUUCUUUUGUUUUGGAGGUCUUAAUGAAUAUGCAGAUAACAGACCUUUCGAGGGAGGCAUUGUGCAUGACAAAGGCCCUCUAAUGCAUCUAAAAUACUUCCCAGCAGGGAUGCUGACAAGAGGGGAUUUUUCUAAAGAUGAGACUAGAGAUCUUGAUUUUGUCACAGCGGUUUUUCAGCAAUUGUUAAACCGCCAACCUUGUAUUACCAUUGAAAGUCACAUUACAAACAAUUCAGCACAUUUUCUUUAUCAGCAUGAAGGAAAAUAUGGCUUUAGUUUGAUCAGGUUUCUAGCACAAGCUGACAAUCAAGUAUAUUAGCCAUUCAUUUCUCAUUCAGUAAUGUACUUCUCGUUUACCAGUAAUGCAAAUGGUAUAACAAAUACAGCUUGAAGGCUACGGAGGUAAAUUAUUGUCAUAAUACACAUAGCAUCGUGUCUUACAAGUUGGAUGUGUUAUUACGCUCCCAAGACCCAAUCACAAACAUAAUAAAGUUAAUUUUUCAGUUACAGUAUUGAACCAUUAGGUGGCAACAAUUUGCUUUUUAAAGGAAAGCAAUUUGGGAUUGGAUUUUUUGUACUUGUGAUUCUCUGUUGUUUAUAAUCACAUUAUACACCAUGGUAAUGACUGCACACUAUUUUGGCAGUGGUGAGCCAUGUAUUUGGUACUUGGACGAUGGGAACUUACUAUUAUUCUAUUAGUAGUAUUAUUAUACUAUUUGAUUAAUGUGGCGAUACUACAACAAUCACUUGACAAUUACAGAAACUAUCAAUAAACGCCAUAUGACAGCAUGUAACUGCACCGCAUACGCACAACAUCGGGAACAGGUAGCUAGCUGUCCCACAAAUCCACAAAUAAAAUAUUAUUUUCCAAUGAAAAUGUACUUUAAAUAAGAACCCCCGCAGCCUAACCAAAUACAGGUUACACCAACCACUGUCCUGGGCAGAAUAGCUUGACAUAGCAGCACACAGAAGAUAACAUGAUUGGACAAAAAUAAAAAAUGAAAAAAAUUAAAUCUAACAUCCACAUACACGUUCGGAGUGACCGCCCACAACUGCAACGUGAACUACAGUUUUUAAAUGAAGUAUUUCGUUGCUGUCAAUCACAGACAUAUACCACAUAGCGCCUGUAUUGUUUGAUGAUAGAUGUGCAGGUGUUCCUAUUGUUUUGGCCCGUGGGUACGAGUGUACAGCACAUUGUGGUGCUCCGGCGGGCCACCUACUGGUGUACAUGUGCACUGCAUGUUGAGUCCGUCAGAUCAGACAGGCACUCCAGAUAAAAGAAUUCGCGGUGUAGUCAAAUGUGAACGCGCAGUGCACUUCGGCAUGAAUGAGCGUUGUAUUUAUUAAAUGAGCGUCUUGUGGGAUAUUUUUGAGUUCUUGUCUUCAGCUGUAGUUCAAAAUUUGGAUGUGAACAAGCACGGAUUUGUGCCAAUGUUUACCACAACACCUUCGGCGUGUGUUGUCAUGUUUUGCCACUGCAGCAUUAUCAGCCAUGAGAGUGAUGCCAAAAUGUGGAAAAAGCACGCCGAGGGGGCGAGCAGACGAGUCGGGGAACCGAGGGGAGGUCGACCCGAGCGGAGGGAACGAAAGGGGGGAAGGGGGGGGGCGAAGAGAGAGCCGCCUUCAAAAAUGGCGUCUCCGGAUGAAAAUGAGUAAAGAUGUAUCCAAAAAAAAAAAAAAAAGAAAAAAAAAGCGGCCUCCCUUUUUCUACGCUUCCUUGCUCGCUUUGUUGUUUCCAACCACUUCUGUAUCCCUCUCCGUCUUCGGGCGCUUUCCGGUCGAACGCCACAAGUCUCGAACUCGGGGAAUUAGCAUUUAUUGAAGGCGAAAUGAAGCCACUUUUAUUCGGAUGCGUCGUUCCUGACAGCUAGCAUCUGUGGCUACCUGUUAGCAUUCUGGCGGGGUGGGGAGGAGGAGGAGGAGGAAGAGGAAGGGGGGGUGGGCUGCUCAAUGGUGGCGGAUAUUUGCAUGAAAAGGAUAAACAUUUAAAUUAGGGAUUGCUUCGCACGUCCACACUGAGUGUUUGUAGUGGGGAAAACGCUCGCGAGCAACGUGGCUCCCUCCGCUUCCCUUGGCCAUAUUUUUACAUGGCGCUAGCAGCGUAGCCAAAAAGACUAGCUUAAAGAAAGGGGAGGAGGCACCACAGAGAGAGAGAGAGAGAGAGAGAGAGAGAGAGAGAGAAAAGGGGGACGCGUUGGAAAUCAAAUGUUCAUCAGCGUUUCGCCCAUUGGCGGCCAAAUCCGCGACAUCUUCAUCAUGAGCGGGACCGGAUUUGGGACUACUUUCGUGGAAACGAUAAACGUGGACGGCGGAAAAUGAGGAAGGCUGUCUUUUAUCGAUGUGGUUGGAUUAUAACCCUGUAGACCCCCCCCUCUCUUUUUUUUCAUCCAGCUUUCUCCUCCUCCCCGUCCAUUUCUCUUUCAAUAUGCUGUUUUCCACUCCGGAUGACUUGCUUACGAAACCAGGGAAAAUAGCCUGAAACGGAGCUCGGGAAAGACUGGAUUUCUCCCCCCCCCCUCUCCUUCUCCUCCCCACCCCACCACCAACCCCUUCUCCCCGCCUUGCGACGUCGCUUUCGCACACGGGUCGUCUCCCCAUAUAGAUGGAUAGGAAUUACCCCGGAACAGGGUUCGGCGAUUUGGGCGCUGGAGCAGGAUGGAGUUACGAGAGGUCGGCCAAAGCGAGUCUUGUGUAUGGGAGUUCCAGAUCAUCCCACCCUGAGUCUGAGCUCCUCCACCGCCAAGCCUACGCCACUCCACACCCUCUGCAGGGCUAUGCCACCAAUCACCACCCAGGGAGCUCCGGACAAGGCGGGGCUUGGGGAGCAGCUGGACGGAGUUUGGGUCUGUCGGGGCUGUUUGACACCGGGCUACACCACGCCAGCCCCUCGGCCCCAGAUGCCUCGGUCAUGAAUCUGAUUUCGGCAUUGGAGUCUCGGGGUCCCCAGGCUCCGCCCUCCGCCUCCUCCUUGCUCUCCCAGUUCCGCACACCAUCUUGGCAGACAGCGAUGCACACACCUGCUCCUCCAGAAUUAUUCAUUUCUGGAGCUCUUCCUGGCUCAGGCUCCUUCCCCUCCUCCUCCGCUCUCUCAGCCUAUCAGCAUCCAGCGUCGUUUUCGAGCCGCUCCUUUCCCGGUGCCUCCCUUACCCUCCAGGACACACCCACGUUUAGCCCCACAUCCAACGGUCUACUGUCCCCACAUGACCCCUUACUACACAUCAAAGCUCCCUCCCAGUCCAGCCUGGGUUUUGACAGGCUCCUCUCCUCGCAGGGAGCUGCUGCAGCAGCCUACAGGGGUAGCCAAGACCCUACAGGUGCCUCAUCAGCCCAGGCAUCCUCUGCUAGGCACCUCCAGUCCCACCAGUUCAACCUGCUGUCAUCGCAGCUCCAGGACCAGUCCUCCCAGCUGUAUAAUGCCUCAGUAUUCUCCUCAGCCCAGCCCCAAGCUCAGUCCCAGUCCCAGUCCAACUCGGCUCAGGAACGGGCCGUGCCCAGACAGGACAGCGUUAUCAAGCACUACCAGCGGCCCACCCCAGCGCAGCCGCAGCUCUCCUCCUCUGCUGCUCACUCCCUCCAGCACUACCUCAGCUGUGGAGGGGCAGGGUACCAACAAAUAGCUACCCAUCACAGGCAUGCUGGCCUUUCUUGCAGCCCACUGGGUGACCAGAGCCCCUCGUCUGACCACAAAGCCUCCUCUCGUACAGAGCAGUAUCGGCCAAUCAUUCAGCCUCCAUAUUCUUCAUCUUCUUCCUCCUCUUCCUCCUCUGCUGGGAAAGGUACCAAAAGCAGCUCCAGCAGUGGUUACUCAUCUGCAAGUUCAGCAUCGUCCUCAAGAACUCCCCUCACACCCCCAUCUGCAUCCUCUACCUCCUCGUCAUCAUCAUCUUCUUCUGCCACUCCAGGCGCUCACCCUUCUAAUUCAAUCCCCACCUCAAGCUCCAGUGCAGCCACCUCCAGGCAGCAACCCCCCACUCAACCAGCUCCACCUCCCCCAACCCCACAGCAGCAGCAACCCCCUCCCACCUCAACACCUCAAUCCCUCCCCAAAUCCUGCCUUUCUGGUUAUGGUUCUCCUGUGCCCCCUGUAAAAACCCCUACCUCUGCUCUUACAGGUCAGACCCCUCCCCAGCAGCAGACUCAAUCAUAUUCCCCAAAUCAGCCCCCUACCUCUCACCUUGCGCAGUCCUAUGGAGGUUUCAGUUCCCCACAAGCCCAGGACCUGAGCUCAGGUACUGGUGGAAAAGGCUACGGAAGUUUAGGAGGGCGAAGUCAGUCAUACCCCACUGAUAUAUACGGAGCCGAUUCUGCUUAUGGAUCGCUUCCCUCUUCUUUGGGUGGAGCAGGAAGCCCAUCAUUAGGUUAUGGUGCUCCAGGCCAUUCCCCUGCGCUUUUAAGAUCAAGCGGUUCAUCAGGUAGUGGAGCAUCUGGGGGAGGAAGCAGUAGUGGAACUGCAAGUGGAAACUCUGGGUCAGGCGGAGGGGCAGGAAAUGGUAUGACCAGUGAGAGGGGUGGAAGCGGUAGUGGAGGAGGGUCUUACCAUAUUCCAGAUUCUAGUCCCUCCCCUUCUGGAAACUCGGGCAUUAUCCGCCCAGGGCUGCACUCCCCGGUGCCAGCAUGUCCCACGCAAUCUCCUGGAGGUGCUGGUUCAAAUAAAUAUAUCUCCUCUGUUCUCUCUCCUACUUUCCUAAGCUCACCACAGGGCUACCCUGACACUAGAGGUCCUAGUUCCCAAACUCAGUCUUAUCACCCCACCGCCUCCAAAACAAAGGCUGACACGUCAAUGCUCGGAGUUGGUUCUCAGAGAUCUCAAGAGGAGGUAGAUGAUGACGAGGAGUUCUUGAUUCAGCACUUGCUGCAGGCACAAGCAAGUCCUGCUCCCCAGGCUUCUCAUCACCAUCCCCAACAGCAGCCCCAACAGACAUCCCAGCAAACGCAGCCUCAGCCUCAGUCAGCGCCACCAACAUCUGAUGCCGGCAAAGGGCUGGGGUAUGACAUGGGAAAGUCGUCUGAAGAAAGGUAUCACCCCCAGAGUGUUAUACGCACCCACAGUGCCACAUCCUCCUCUGGGGUAGGCAAUGCAACCUCUGGAGCGUCUAUCUCCGGACUAGACAGUCAGCUGGAGAUGUCGUUGAAGAAACAGCAGCAACAACAACAACAACAACAACAACAACAACAACAGCAGCAGCAGCAGCAACACCAUCAUCAACAACAACAGCAAAGGAACGAGAGGCCUGUUGGAAGCAGUAGAAGUAGUGGGGGGCGAGGGAGUGGUGAACAAGUCCACUCGCACCUCCUCCACCAUGACAACCUAGGCUCAGUAGUCCACUAUGGGCGAGGGGACCCGUAUACACAGCACUCCCUUGGUCCCCAACACUCCUCACAUAAUCAGCAUGUGUCCUCGCAUUCGCAGAUACCUCCCCACAACCAGAUGGAGCUACAGAAGAAGGAGCGUGGUGAAAUCCCUUACCCGCGGAAAACGCCCGAUGUCCAGCCACAGCAUUCUCAGCCUCAAAGCACUGCAUCUCUUAUGGACUCCCCCACAGAUCAGUCCCACCAGUCACCACACCUCCUCCAAUCCGUGUUGUCCCAUACAACUCGCAACAAACUCGAGUCUCAUACGCAGCACCACAAGAUGGACACGCAUCAACAACAGCAACAUCACAAACUAGAUACUCACAGGCAACACCAACAGCACCAUAAAAUGGACUCCCACCAACCACAUCAACAACACCAGAAAAUGGACUCCCACUCACAGCAUCAGCAGCACCACAAGAUGGAUCCGCAUCAGCAGCACCACAAGAUUGACUCCCACCCCCAACAGCAGCAGCACUCCAUUGGUCAACAGCAAGGCGUGAUGGAUAGUGCGAGUGGACGACUUGGUUCGACUAAACAUCCAGCUCAAGCUCAGUCACAAACAACUCAGCUCCAGCUUCAACUCCAGUCGCAGGCUUUAGAGGUGGCAGCGGCUCAUUACAACCAUGGACCUUCGUCACAUCCACAUGAACAGGGUCAAGUCAAACAGAGCUCGGUGGUCUCAUCUUUGGACAUGCUGGAGCGCUCGCUUUCUCAGACCUCCAGCACAGAUGUAGCCAUUCCAGAGGACAGACGCGGCGGACGGAGCGGAGGAAGCAGCGAGCACCACAGACAGCAACACCAGGAGCAGCAGCAGAGGCAGCACCCGUCUCACCAUCACCCACAACCACACUCCGCUUCUGAAAUACACUCUUUCCUCUCUGAACCUGAAAUCGCCAUGCCCACCCCAUCCCACAUGCACCACCUUUCGCAGCACCACCCUCAGCAGCAACAGCAGCACCCUAGCUCUCAACACCAGCAACCCCAUUCUCACCACCCUCAUGCCCAGCCACAGACCCCACACCCUCACCAUAUACCCACUCCUUCUGCCCCGGCGCAUUCCCAACCUCAGCCUGAACCCCAGCAGCCGCUGCCAUCCCAGCUCACCCCCCAACAGAGCCAGUUAGACCAACAGCGCUCGGAGCAACACCAGUUUGACACAGUCAGCCCAGUGGAGAAAGCAGACCAAACCCAACAAAGUAAUCGGUUUGUUCCCCUCACAUCCAUCUGCUUUCCUGAUUCCCUUCUCCAGGAUGAGGACCGGUCUUUUUUUCCAGGCAUGGAAGACAUGUUUUGCGCAGAGGACUACAAGUCAAGUUGUGCUGGUGGUGCAGGACCUGGGCAGGAGGAGAUGAAUGAAAGCCAUACUGGGCAAGAGGGGAUGGGCUCCAUGAAAGCUGGACAGAGUGCCAGUGGACCAGGGGGCAGUAGUGGAGCUGGCUAUGAUAUGAUGGGUCAUCAUGGAGAUCAGGGUUAUGAGCCUUACUGUCACAGCCUAGAAGAGCCCAGCAACAACUCAAUGACUCUCGAUCUUGACUCCCUUAAAACCCAUGAACUCCCCUCUACCGUUAACACUGAACAACUUGGUUUAAUUCAGUCCCAGGGCCCAGCUAUGGGUAUGGGCUCUAAUAACGCUGGACCUAACAACCCCGCUGCAAAGUUGUCCUCCGGUCCCGGAGGAACAAGCACAGGGGCAGCAUCUGGAGGGCUCCAAUCACCCAUUUUCUGCUCGUCUCGUCCGAAGAAGCUCCUCAAGUCUAGUUCUUUCCAUCUCUUAAAAGAGCGCAGAGACCCCAACACGCUGCCCAAGAAAAGUUAUGCUCAAGAAUAUGAGUUUGAAGAUGAUGAGGAUAAAGCUGACCAGCCUGCUGACAUCAGGUUGAACAGCCGCAGGCUUCCAGACCUCCUUCCAGAUUUGGUGUCCAGCUGCAGGAAAGGAGGAGGAGGAAGUGGUUCUCUCAGCCCUUUGAUGGGUGACAUUGACUUCUACCACGCCUCUGGCUACCCACAAAUGGGUACGCACUCUCUUUUGCCUCAGGAUGGCCCUAAGAAGAGAGGCCGGAAGCCUACUAGGCCCAAGAGGGAGGGCCCCCCUCGGCCCAGAGGCAGGCCUCGCAUUCGCCCCAUGCCCGAGCCCUACACGCCACGAGGAAUGAUGGGCGAGAUGGGCGGGACAGUUGGCAGUGGCGGAGGCGGGUUCAACGUGGAGGGGCGAGGCAGAGGCCGGGGCCGCGGGAGCAGAGGUAGAGGAGGUCGGAGAGAGGAUAUGUACAUGGAAAUGAGCGGAAAGGAGCAGGAGCAGAUGCAUCAUCUUCACCACCAUCAACAUCAACAGCAGCUUCAUCAUCAGCCUCAACAGCAACAGCAUGAACCGAUCCCACCAUUAAAGAUCAAGUUGCCAAUUCCCAUGUCGUCCUCUGAUGCCUUGCUGAGGACAGACUCGCUGUCUGGCACAGACCCUGCUUUGUCUGAUGGCUCGGUUGGCUCAGCCCCGUCACUCGGGCUCAGUCCUGGUCCUUGCAGCACUGAAAGCACCAGAGUACAGGAUAAAAAACAGAAAAACCAGAUGAUGGAUGACGGAAUAGAUGGGGAUGGUCUGGAGGAAAGGGGUGAUGAGAAGGACCCUGAGUCCAAGGCUGGCUUGGUUGCUUCUUUCUUGGACUUCCUUAAAUCAGGGAAAAGACCCCCAGGCUUAGAUAUUUCCCCCGGAAUGGAAGCUGACAACGGUGAAACCUCCCCCUGUAAAUCGGGCUUGCGUCCACUCUCCCCAGCACCGCCUCCACCUCCGCCGCCACCUCCGUUUGGGGACGGCGAAGGUAACGGCGGUCUUGCCCUAGGCAGCUGCCCCAGCCCUAAGCGCUUGGAGGACGAGCUGAAGAGAAACCUGGAGACCCUACCCUCGUUCUCCUCCGAUGAGGAGGACUCAGUUGGAAAGAACCAAGACCUUCAGAAGAGCAUCUCCUCAGCCAUUUCUGCCCUGUACGACACCCCUCAAUUGACCGCUAACAUCCAUCACUCGAUACCCCCUCCGCCACCUCAGCCGCAACCUUCUCACUCCCCUUUGACGCCCCCGUUGCAGCCCCCGACCCUCAGCCCCCAGACCGACAUUCACACACCCCACGCGCAACCCCAGCCGGAUGAACCCUGCAUCCUCCACCCAGAGGAUGAAAACAUGGACGAGAACAAGGAUGAGGAGAAUGACGAGGAGAGAAGUUCUAGAGGAGAUGAAGAGAACGAUAUGAUGGAGGAGAGAGAGCCGCAGCUGGAGACGCUAGGAGCCCCCAAGCUUGAAGUGUCCCUCCCGGAGAUUCCUCCUCCUGCAAGCGCAACUUCCCAGCCUCCUUCUGUCCCUCCCUCGCCCGUGUCCUCGUCUUCUCCUCCCUCCCCUCUUCCUCCUCUCUCUCUGCCCUCACCUCCUCCUCCACCAGAAGAACAGCACGAGAACUCCAAGCCUCCGAGUCCCGUUGCCACCAAAUCCCAGACGCCGCCGCCUCCCCUGACCGCCACCCUACCGCCGCCUGCCGCGUCUCCCCCUUCUCCUCCCCCUGCUUCUUUGACGCCAGCUCCUCCUGCACAAGCCUCUCCUCCGAAGGAGUCUCCGACGCCCUCGCCCGAGUCCGCCGCCUCUCCCGAAGAAGAGCGACCGUCUCCAAAGAACACCAACUUGCACCUGGCUCAGAAGCAGGAGGAUGCGGCCAUCGCGGGAGAGAGCGAGGAGGAUGACAGCGAGAGCGGCGGCGAGGGCAUCUUCAGAGAGAGGGAUGAAUUCGUGGUGCGCGUGGAGGACAUUCGAACGCUCAAGUUGGCCUUGCAGACAGGACGGGAGCCUCCGCCCAUCUGGAGGGUACAGAAAGCCCUGCUGCAGAAAUUCAGCCCAGAGAUCAAAGACGGACAGAGACAGUUCUGUGCCACGAGCAACUAUCUUGGCUACUUUGGAGAUGCCAAAAGACGUUACCAGCGCAUCUACGUCAAGUUUUUGGAGAACGUCAAUAAGAAAGACUACGUCAGAGUCUGUUCUCGAAGACCGUGGCGCAGGGCCAUGCCUGCGCUCAGGCGUCAGUCCUUCCCCAGAAUGGCUUCUCCUCCCGCAAGCCAAGCUCAACCAAAAGAGGAGAGAUUAACCCCGUCCAGCCAGCGGGAGAAGGAGCAGAAGGAGAAAUCUAGAACGACCCUGCCGCCGGCGAAAGAACAACGGGAGAGAAAGGAGACCUCAUCUGCGGUGGCCAAGGCCAAAGAAAGAGAGCGAGAGGCAGAGAAAGAUCAGCGAGUGCAACCGACUCAGGACAAAGCAGAGAAACGAGUCACCGAACGUGGGCGAGCCAAGGACGAGCGGAAAGCACCGGAAAGGAAGGAGAAAACAGAGCGCCCGCCGAAGUCCAAACCUGCCAAGGUAAAGGCAGAACCGCCACCCAAGAAGAGGAAGAAGUGGCUGAAGGAAGCUCCCUCCUCUUCAGACUCUGACUCAUCGGAUGAAGCCGCAAGUGAGAAUGAAAUGCCCGUGAAAGGUGGCGUGAACAACCGAGCAAUGAGGGAAAUGUUCCGAAGCUACGUGGAAAUGCUCGUCAGCACAGCUCUGGACCCCGACAUGAUCCAGGCUUUGGAGGACACGGACGAUGAGCUGUACCUCCCCCCCAUGAGGAAGAUCGACAGCAUCCUCAGUGAACAGAAGCGGAGGUUGUUAAGGAGAGUCAGCAUGAGCUCUCAGCAUCAGGAGGUUGUGCAUGCAUACCCCCAGAUUAUCGUGGACCCCUUGGACUCGGGAGUGGUGAGGGUGCGGCUCAGCGGAGAUGCUUACAAUCGAAAGACCCUCAACAGAGUCAAGAAAACCCUGCCUAAACCACAGGACCUUAAGCUGUCAUCUGACUCAUAUCGAAUCUACAGUCUGUACCACUCCCUGCAUCACUACAAAUACCACACGUUCUUACAGUGCAAGAAAGAGACCAACACAAUCGAACAGGCGGCCGAGGACCCGGGCCAGGAGGAAGUGGUGCAGCAGUGCAUGGCCAACCAGAGCUGGCUGGACACGCUCUUCGGCUCCUUCAUCGAGCUGCUCACGCUCAGCACCAAAGCCUGAGAGGGAUGAGAUUAAUUAAAAUCGGAGGAUAUGAAAAAAAAAAGAAGAAAAAAAAUAAUGAACUUGAUGGAUCCCGCUGUACAGACCCCCCUUCCGCCCAACCCAUCAAUUUUUUUCUCAAAUCUCAAAGAUCUGAGGAUGUAUUUUCAAAGCCCUUGAUGAUCUCGAGGGAGGGUCAGGAACAGUGGCCUCAUUUUUGUUUUUCCUUCUUCUUCUUCUUGAACAAUGACUAAAGAAAUAAAUGCGUUUCAUUGUGAGGAGUGGGACCCCCCGGCCCCACCGGAUUAGGGGGUCCCUUGCAGUUCAAGAGGAGUUUGACCGCCCUCCGAAAUGGGAACGCAAAGGUCGGGAAGCGAGGAGCCGCACCAAGUCCGCAGAAGAGCCACUAACAUCUCGUUAACUGUGUGUCAUUAAGACGAUAGCUCCAAGAGAAACUUAUUACUGCUUAGUUUUUACAUAAAUUAUUUUUUUGAAAAGACUAACAUCAGCUGUUGGCGUUGGGGAAAGAUGAAAGAGGGCGAGAAUGCUUUUUAAAUUGCCUGUGGAGUGUGCCGUGAGCAGCGUAAACAUGGACUCGAACCAUUAGAUGUGUGUGUCUCUCUCUCUCUCUCUCAUUCUGUGCUACGUGAAGGGCAGCACGACUCAGCCGUGUGAUAAUAUAUAAACAUUUUUAUUAUUUAUAUGAGGAGGUUUUUAACUUAACAAGCGCUGGAUUGCUGCCCUAACAUUUUAAAUACUUUAUAUUUGUCCACACCUUCAGUAUACAAUCGUGACCCACAUAUCCAAGCUGUCUUCCCCUCGACACUUAAGAACAGACAUUAAGACAGACAUAAUGUAUCAAAUACAGUGGGUGUAAAAUAACAAUUAAAAAAAAAAUAAAAAGAGAAGUGUGGGGAGUGUAUUUGAAACUUUUACAUCGUUGUGCUUCAGUUCAGUCAUCAUUCAUGCAGAUGCAAAGAAAAAGAAGUAAACUGUCCAUUUCCCGUGUGGGAAGAAGGAGUAUAAAUAGGUAAUAUUUAAAGAGGAAAUAGUCAUGUCAUUUUUAUCAUUUUGAUGUAUGUGCAUACUUAUUUUGAAAACAAUCUAAUUUUCCAUUUAAAAAAAAGGAAAAAAAGGCGUGUAAAUAUUGUACAGUUCUUGAUGAUAUUCUUUGUCAUUCUGUACAUUAACUCUCCUGUAUUUGAGAAACAAAUAAAACCUG